UACCUAUCUGUGCUGACUCGUUGCUGCUGUUCUAUUCAGAAUGAGAAGAUGGAGACUGUUGGAUCAGAAACUGAGGCAUAUGCUAUAGCUGACACCAUGGCUUACUGCAAAGCAGACGUCUACACUGUGAAUUGUGGCAUGGCAUACGGUCAAGCAGCAAUGCUUCUAUCUCUAGGAGCCAAGGGUUUUCGUGCAGUACAGCCAAAUUCAUCCACUAAGUUAUAUCUGCCCAAAGUCAACAAAUCAACUGGGGCUGCCAUAGAUAUGUGGAUUAAGGCCAAGGAACUUGAUGCAAAUACUGAGUACUACAUUGAGCUAUUAGCAAAAGGCACUGGGAAGACUGAGGAAGAAAUUGCUAAAGAUGUCCAGCGAUCUAAGUAUUUCCAAGCACAAGAAGCCAUAGACUAUGGCCUUGCAGACAAGAUAAUUGAUUCCAGGGAUGCUGCAUUCGAGAAACGGAAUUAUGAUGAGAUGCUUGCUCAAUCAAAAGCAAUGAGGGGAGGAGCUGGAUUUGGUCCACAAGCAGCUCCUUCUGGAUUUAGGUGAUCAAAAAGUAUCAGUAUAGCAUGACUAUACAUGAAGUGAAAACUCACUACUAGUUAGCUCUUUUGUACAAUAUCUCAAGCUAUGCGUAGCUGGUUAUAAUUUUUGAUUUGAUCAGGCGUUUUACACACACUGCAGAAAUGACACUGUCCAAAACUGUAGACAGGUAGCACUUCCGCUUUGUAUAUCUAUAUUUCGGAUGAAAUAUAAUGUUAAAUUAUGUCUAACAAAAAA